AUGGUACCAAGAUAUGCGUUGGAAUCAGUUGAUCGAACACUACGUGACCUCACAAAUAUUAAUUUACCAUUCGUGGGUAAAAUUAUGCUCCUAGGAGGAGAUUUUAGACAAUUACUGCCCAUUAAAGUUAAUAGAACACGCCGUGAAUUGAUCAAUCUAUCGAUUGAAUUUAGUUCACUAUGGAAACACUUUCAUAUCUUCUCAUUAACUGAAAACUGGCGGACUCUUCCAGAAGGAGCAGAAUUUGCAAAAUAUUUAUUAUCGGUUGGAGAUGGUACUUUAAAUGAUAACAAUGACAAUGUAGUACCCUCACAACAAUGUGCAGCUAAAAAAAAGGAUGGCAUAGUCGAAGAGAUAUUUAAGAAAAUUAUUUAUGAACGCCGUUAUGGAGAUCUAGCAAAAGUAGCGAUAUUAUCAGCACGGAAUAUUGAUGUUGAAAAAUUCAACUCCAGAGUAGUAGAAUUAUUCGACAAGACCACCGAAAGAAUUUAUACCAGUGUUGAUAGUGUAGAAAAUUGUGAUAACGAAGAUGUUACUGAUGCAAUCUUGCCAGAAUACCUCAACACUUUGAACCCAUCUAAUUUCUCUCCCUAUACAUUACGAUUGAGAAACGAUUCUUCGGACAAUCCUGUUGUUUAUGUCCGCUGUAAGGUUCUCAUAAAGUGUGUUCAAAAAAGUUAUUGGCCUGUCAUUAUCUUGGUUGGACAAGUUUCCUUAUUUCGGUAG